AUGUUAAAGGACUGUACCUCGGAGAAAAGUGGGUGCCCGGAGCCCGUCAGCAUGCGGGUCCUGUUGAGCGUCUUGUACCCGGUCCUUUCCCUCACCAUCUUCGGAUUAUAUCCCUCUAUGACUAUUGGGCCAAAGGAGGGCUGGCAGGUGUACAGCUCAGCCCAGGAUGCUGAUGGGCGCUGCAUCUGCACAGUGGUGGCACCAGAACAAAGCCUGUGCUCCAGAGAUGCCAAGAGUAGACAGCUCCGCCAGUUACUAGAAAAGGUGCAGAACAUGUCUCAGUCCAUUGAGGUGCUGAACCUGCGCACUCAGAGGGAUUUCCAGUAUGUCAUGAAGAUGGAAAAUCAGAUGAAGGGUCUGAGAACCAAGUUCAGACAGAUUGAGGAUGACAGGAAAUCCAUCAUUGCCAGAAAUUUCCAGGAGCUUAAAGAUAAGAUGGAUGAACUGAAGCCGUUGAUCCCUGUGCUGGAGCAGUACAAGAUGGAUGCUGCACUCAUCUCUCAGUUCAAGGAGGAGAUCAGAAACCUGUCUGCGGUGUUGACAGGCAUCCAGGAGGAACUCGGAGCGUACGACUACGAUGAGCUUUAUCAGCGAGUCCUGCGACUGGACAGCCGGCUCCGCAAUUGCAUGGGCAAACUGACGUGUGGGAAAUUAAUGAAAAUCACUGGACCUUCUACAAUAAAGACAUCUGGAACCCGGUUUGGGGCAUGGAUGACUGAUCCUCUCGCAUCAACCAGAAACAACAGGGUUUGGUAUAUGGACAGUUACACCAAUAGCAAGAUUGUGCGUGAAUACAAGACAAUGGAAGACUUUGUGACAGGAGUGGUUUCUCGAACCUACAGCCUGCCCUUUAAAUGGGAGGGAACAAAUCACAUUGUCUACAAUGGAUCACUUUAUUACAACAAGUACCAGAGCAACAUUAUUGUCAAGUACAACUUCGAGACGGGCAGUGUGCUCGCCCAGCGAGCUUUGGAAUUUGCCGGCUUCCACAACAUGUACCCAUAUACAUGGGGGGGAUACUCUGACAUUGAUGUUAUGGCUGACGAACUGGGAAUGUGGGUUGUGUAUGCAACCAAUCAAAAUGCCGGAAAUGUUGUCAUCUCUCAGAUCGACCCUGACACCCUGCAGGUCCUGAAGACUUGGACCACCGAAUACUCCAAAAGGAAUGCAGGUGAAUCAUUCAUGAUCUGUGGGACACUGUAUAUCACUAACUCUCACCUGUCAGGUGCAAAGGUUUACUACGCUUACUCUACCAAGACUUCAACUUAUGAAUACAUAGACAUUCCUUUCCACAACCAGUACUUUCACAUCUCCAUGCUUGACUACAAUGCCAGAGAGAGGGCGCUGUAUGCCUGGAAUAAUGGACAUCAGGUAAUAUUUAACGUGACCCUCUUUCAUGUCAUAAAAACUGAUGAUGAUUCUUAA